AAGAACGGCAAACACGGGGAUUAACGCGGGAGACUGCGUCAAGAUGCCGUUUAUGCACGACUUAGAGAACGAUGUUUUCGGCGAAGAGAAAUACUGGGUUCAGGUGACGCCGGAGCAGAUACGGGACUUGCGGCAACAUUUUCUCGACACUUGGAACGAGGAAGAUGACCUGUAUUACCCGGAUGACGUGAAACGGCUUCGUGAGAGCGACGACUUCUGCCGUCGCGUCAUCACCCACGUGAGGCUGGACAUGACCAUCGCCCACAAACUCCUCAAUUACUCACUGAAAUGGCGAAAAUUCGUCAACAUCCAAGAUGUCAAAGAAGAGAAGCUCAUGAAAGAAAUUUUCCAAAGAGCUGCCCUGUUUCCAUACAACAAGGACAAGUGUGGCUGCCACAUUUUGAUGCUACGGCUGAAGCUUUACAGCAAGAACCUGGUUCCCUCCGAGGAGCUCAAGCAGACGCUUUUAUUCUUCUUAGAAAAGAUGUACAACGAAAUAGGUGCCAAGCGCAUCACCAUGCUCUUCGAUUGCACAGACGCAGGCAUCGGCAAUGUCGAUCUCGACAUGGUCAGGUUCAUACUGAACACUUUCCUCAAGAGGUACCCUCUUGGUAUGGGUUACGUGAUCGUCUAUGAUAUGCCCUGGCUAUUCACAGCGGCCUGGAAGAUCAUCAAGGGUUGGCUCAUACCAGAAGCGGCUGCGAGGAUCAAAAUGGUCAACAAAGACCAAAUCAAAGAAUACAUCGAUGAGAAAAAUCUGCCUGUCAGAAUGGGAGGGAAGGACGAAUACGAGUAUGAAUACAAGCCAGGCAACCCAUUGGGGGAUCGUUGCCCGGGUCCUGACAACAAGACAGACAGGGAGGCCUAGAACGGACAUCAGUGUCACUCACAAAGACUACCUCUUCAUUCUGCCGGCACCUCUUCAUUGAAACGGUAUUAAAGAUGAACAGAAAGUGUUCCUACCUGUGCAGUCAAAAAUGGACUUUUGACGGAUCACACAGGUCGCGUUCUCGCAAAGAAAAGCGGACUUUCAUUUGUAUGGACGUUCACCGUUUUGCGAACGGCCUAAUAAAUAUUUUCUUUGUUUC